UAGGGAUCAUUCACGUUCAUUUGAGUUAAUGGUAGUAUCUUGACGAGCUAUCGUUCAAUUUCCUCACCAGUUGUAAUUCAACUUCUCUCCGUUCACCUAGUUCACAAGCUCCUUCGCACGCUCCAGAUGCGUUCGCUCCGCUCCAAACAAAAUCCCCUUCCUCAUUACCUCCCUAUAAUUCUUGCCAGGGCUAACCUUUCCUAGGACGUACUCUUGCCUCGUCUCAAGGCGUGUCGGGACAGGUAUCGAGCGUUCUACCACGGCGUCCAUACCCUGCCAUGCAAAGGUGAUCACCUCCUUCGCACCAGCUUGAAUGACUGCCUCAUCAAUCAUCAUGAUCUUUGUAUUUGGAUAUUAUUUCUGGAUGUCGUUCCAUUGUUGAGACCGAGGACUGAUAGAGACUUUGAGUAAGUAUUCAAAUACAUUUCUGGAGGUAUUACUUUUGUUCGAUAUCGAGCACAUGGCUUCUGUCAUCAUUGACACCCUUUGAUUGGAAACUGGAGAUAUCGUUAGAUUAUUGUUGUGAGUUGUUUGAAUACCCGUUCAUGGUUGCUGAUGCCGCCAUUGCAAAUCCACUUUUCAGGACUGUUUUGUGACGGGAGAGGGUCGUGAGCAAUUGACAGGUAGGUAUCCGUUUCAGGACUUUGAUAAAGCAGCAUGAAUGUUCAGUGGGCCAGUGGUCCAUGAUACAUGCUGAAGGUAUUGAAAUGAAUAUUAUGGCUAGAACGAAGAAUCGCCUAGUGAAUAUUGUAGUCCCUGUGCAGUUACAUGAAAAAUACUACUGGAAUUCUGACUCUGCAAUUUUCUCACUUCACGGCAUCAACUUUGUGUACUCAUCCACUCGCAUUUCAAUCUGAUAGUCUCCAUUUCUUAGACUCUCUGGACCACGUUCGAGACGAUGGAAUUCUUCUCUGCAUCUGAGCAAAAGCAGCUCUUGCUAAAUUGUGACAACUAGGGUCUUGCCAAACACGAAGUAACUCCUUAGUCAAGAUCUACCAGAACAACCCGCACAGCUAAGAUUCUAUACAAGACAUGCUAUAAAAUAAUUCCAGCAGCUUUUGUGCGCCAAGACAAUACGGACAACACGUUGUGCCGCUGACGGAAUGUCAUGCAUAUCAGAUGCUUUAUGAUUAAGUAAUCUUGAAUUCCGGCGAAUCUCUCGCCCUGAAAAUCACCACACCCUCCUCACGCUACCAGCUACCAGCCUCAUCAUGUAGAUCUGCUGAUACAUAUAGCUGAAAAUCCGUCCCAGGAGGUGGUGCAGUAGUCCGCGGAAGAUCCCCCGUUGAUCAUCUCCUGGAUCUCGCUAAAGGCGUUUCCAUCUCCCAAAAAUCAGGAAACUUCAGCGCUGUGUGACUUUGUAUGGCUGAAUUCGUGCUGAUGCAUGCAAGAAAAUAGGUUCCCCUCAUCUCUGGUAUUACUCCAGACCAAUAUGGCAUAUGCUUCAGACCACCAAACUAGUCAGCACUGGAGGACAAGACCAAUUCUCGUAUUCGACCUGGUACACUAAGAAUUGAGUAUAAGAAAGCAGUGGACCCUUUUCAUCCAGUCCAUAUUUCAUCAUUUUCCUGUCGAAUUUCGAAUCGUUUGUAUACCCCGAGUAAACACCGUCACUUUCGGUUCCUCAGCCUUAUCUCUCUACUUCCCAUCAACAUGCAGGUCUUCAGCCUUACAACCAUCCUCGCUUCCGCCUCUCUGUUUACAGCGACUUUCGCAACUCCACUUGCUUCCACCCCAGAAAUAGCAGGUCGCCAGCUCGGCGCCUGCGUAGGUGGUAUCUGUGCACCAGGUCUCUGCUGUUCAAUCUGGGGCUACUGCGGCACCGGGCCAGAAUACUGCCAGGCUGGUUCAUGCGUAGGAGGGGUCGGGGGCACAUGUGGUGCUGGACUCUGCUGCUCCAAGUAUGGAUACUGUGGGAGCGGUGUUGAGUUCUGUGGAACGACGACAUCCAAGCCGACGCCAACGCCGACUUCCACAUCCAAGCCACCGACUGCAACACCGACGAAUUGCGGUACAACUGGUGGGCCGUGUGGACCUGGGCUUUGCUGCUCGAAAUGGGGGUGGUGUGGGUCUGGGCCAUUGUAUUGUGAUCCUUGAGUUGUUUUGUUUUGGUUGAGCGGGCACUUCUUGGAAAAGAUUUCAGUGACGAACUGGAGUGAUCGGAUGUUCACUCACUGGUGAAGGAUCCGGAGUUUGCAAGUAAUUCCUAAUAUUGUCAGACCGCAAAAUAACAUGCGAGUGGUAAUUCAGUGCUUGAAAUCCAAAUUAUUGUUGGUAUUGGU